AUGCCCAGCAAGGCUCACCGCCCACGGCAGCCCCAACAAGCCGAGAAACAGCACCGACAGCGAUCGGACAGCGAUCGGACAGCCGACCUAUUCAAGAACAAAGUAAACAGGCAAAAAAAUAUAGAACUUCUCAACCCAUUAUCAGCUGUCGUGUUUUGUAGGUUGGCUGACUGCAAGCAUGCCUCUUCUUUUAUGGAACUAGCACAUGCCUUUUGCCACCCUCACAUAAGCUGUACGUAUAGAGGCAGCCAUCCCUCUGUUAAAACGGAAAAUUUUUUUUUCGUGAAAAUUGCCAGUCUGACCAAAUUACGAAAAUUGCAUAAGCAUGCUGCACAUGUUCGCAAGGGAAACAACGAAGAUUAUGGCAAAGAAUUACAGGUAGACGUGGGUCCAACAAGCUGGCAUAGACCAGCUAUUUUCUCUUCGAAUCAGUCGAGCGAAGCGAGACUUAUGGUUGUCAUAAAAGUUUACAAUGAGAACUCAUCCGAAGUCACGGUUGUCGAAGUAGCAAGCUGGGAUGGUCAGAACAGGCCCGGCGGCCUGGAUGUCGAGGUGAAACGAGCGCAAAAGCUGCCCGACCAGCGGAGUGGCUAA